UCAUUUGGGAAAACUAAAGAAAAAAUAGCUGCAAGUUGCAACUGCGCCCUCUCUCUCCCCCUCUUUUUCGCAACCUUCCUGUCUCUAGUCUUUCGUGGCUUUUUCUUCCCAUUUUCAUCUCUUCCUUCUUCACAGAUGACCGUUCCAACCCAUCCCUGCAUCCAAGCACGUUAGCUGCAUAUUGAUUUUGAGAUUCAAUGGAUUUGGUGAAGCUCUGUCUUUCACCUUUUUGUUCUUUCAUGCAAAGCCCUGUUGUGCGUCAGGACAUGAGCCAUGUAUUCUCCACCAAAGAGAAAAUUGAUGAUUUGAAGAACGCCAUGGAACAACUCUUAGCGAAAAGGAACGAUAUUCAGAGAGAGCUUCAUGAUAGUCAGCACAAGGGGAAACUACUACGCGAUGAACUUCGACUCUGGCUUCGCAAUGUUGGAGAAAAGGAAAAUAAGGUAGAACGAUUAUUGGAUGAAUAUCGCAAAGGUAAUUGUGUUGCAGGCUCUUGUUCUCUAAAUUGUUUUUCAAGGUAUAAGAUUAGCAUUGAUGCAAUCAAAUUGGAAAAGGAGAUAAAUCAGUUGAUAACAAAACAGCCAGAAAUCAAAUUUACCAACAUACCACCACCGAAACCAGUCCCUGAAUCAUAUAAAAUAGUGGGGGAAAAAAUCAGGUCCAACGUUGAUAUUGCUCGCAGUUAUCUGGCAGAUGAAAGAGUUGGUAUAAUAGGCAUAUGGGGCAUGGGGGGUGUAGGCAAGACCACACUCUUGAAAAAAAUCAGGCAGUCAUUGUCAGGUGAUGCAAACAUGGGAUUCAAUCAUGUGUUAUUUAUCAAAGCUUCAAAAGAUAUUCAGCUGAAAGAACUUCGAAAGAAGAUUUCCGAAAGUUUGCAAUUGCAGCGUGAUGAUAAAGAAGACAUCCUUAAUGUUUUAAAAAUUAGCAACUUUGUAUUGCUCUUGGAUAAUAUAUGGGAAGAAGUGGAUCUUAUUGAUCUUGGAAUUCCCCAUCCUUACAGCGACAAAAAUUCCACCAAACAAUAUAAACACAAAGUGAUUUUCACUACUCGAUCUGAAGAUGUGUGUGCCAAGAUGGGUGCAGGAGAAAAUACCAUCAAAGUGGAAUGCUUGGAAUCAGAUGAAGCAUGGGAUCUUUUCAAGAACAAUGUAAAUCUAGCUGUCAUUGAGUCAGAUGAAAAGUUUAAAGAAAUAGCAUGGCAGGUGAUGGAGAAGUGUGGUGGUUUGCCACUUGCUCUGAAAGUGGUUGGUAAGGCAUUGUCAAACAAAAAAUCUGUCCAAGAUUGGAAAUUUAUUUUGAACUCAAUAAAGAAUUCAGGCACUGAAGUAGUUCAAGGUGUGCAGGAAUCAUUACUUCCGAUUUUGAAAUUCAGUUAUGAUAAUCUAACUAAUGAUUUUAAGGAGUGUUUCUUAUCUAUUUGCAUGUUGCGAGGACAACAUAAACAGGAUAUUGUAGAGUUUUUGAUGGGAUUAGGCUUGAUUCGUGAUUUUGACAAUUUGCAAGAAGCUUAUGGCACAGGAGAAAAUAUCCUUAAGAUUCUAGAGGAAUCAUGUUUAUUGUAUUCUUCUGAUCAUGGUUAUGUGAGGUUACAUGAUGUAAUUUAUGAGAUGGCAAUGUGGAUAGCAACAGACUGUGGGAGGAACAUGAAUAAAUGGAUAGUGAAAAGACAUGAUAGGUUCGCAGUUGAAUUAGCAUCAAUCAAUGCAGAGAAUUGGAGAUUCGCGAACCGAGUGAUUAUAGAAGACAAGGUGGAGCUUUUGCCAAUUUUGUCUCAUCAGUGUUCUGAUUUGUUGUGUUUAAUGAUAAACUCUAAUUCUUGUUUCAAAAAUAUUCCUGAAGGAUUUUUCAAACAGAUGCCAAAUUUGACAUAUUUGGGUCUUAAAGGCACUCAUAUCAAAAACCUUCCAAAGGACAUCAAAUGUUUGGUUAAUUUGCAAUACCUAAAUAUUUCAUACACAAAGAUCUCAUCACUUCCAAAGGAGUUGGUAUAUCUGAAGAAAUUGCAAUAUCUGAUAUGCAAAUAUACAAAUAACUUGGGCAAGGUAGAAGAUGGUCUCUUGUCAAGAUUACAGAAUUUGAAGGUCAUUGACAUAUAUCCGUAUGGGUGGGUAGAACCUGAAGAGUUAAAGCUAUUGAAGAAACACAACAGCAUCAAAGCAAUAGGAAUGCGUGUAGUAUCAGAAGAGGUUCUCCAACAACUCUCAUGUUUGCCAACUACUUGGCUAUCUAUCACAAUGUGGAUAACGAUCUCUCUUUCAUUUGAUACUAAGCUGCAAAGAUAA